ACCAGGAAAUCAUGUGUUGUGUGUAGAGCAAGAAGAGGAACAGAUGCUUUAAUCCUUGUUUUCGAUCAUGUCUAUUCACAAAAACUGUUACUUUUUGCUUAUUUUAGUACUUAAUAUUUACGCUCUCGUGUCUGGUGAUGGUAUAAACGUCUCUGCUUCAGAUUCAGCGGACACACUGACACAAAGCUCGCCUUACAGUCCUGCUGCUGCUGUUGUUUUGGUGAACUCGCCUGUGUUUAGGAAGCCGGAUGUCGACUCUAUUUUCUCCCUGAACCUGCUGUCCUCCUUCCCAGAAGACGAGGAGAUCUCUGUAUACUGCAGCGACCUGCUGCACAUCUUCGGUCAGCGGUAUGUCACCUAUGUGAACUGCUCCGUGAACUCGUCCCGGCCUGUGAAAGUCUGCCAGAACUGUUACUCCAGCUAUGGCAGCCUCACGGAGAUCUACCUGAAAAUCUCAUCAGAGGUGGUUCCUGGCAAUGAGAGCUGCAGGGACAGCAUUCUGCGCAACGAUCGCCUGAUGCUGGUUUAUCUGCUCUACAACAACCUGGAAGACAUCUGGGGCAAAUCAGACUGUGCCAACUGUGUCACUAAAGGAUUCCACAGCCUCACCAACGACACGCUGUACUUCAUGAGCUCUGUCAACCAAACUCUCACCUGCUUUGAGAAAUAUAAAGAGGGGAAUCACACGGAGCUGUGCAAAAGCUGUAAGAACACCUACCGAGGCCUGAAUGAGCUGUACAGCCGAAUGGAGACCAACAAAACCAUGUGUAUUGACAUAGAGGAUGUGAUGAAUGUGACUCGCAAACUGUGGAGUAAGGAGUACAAUUGUUCGUUCCCCCGCGAGGAGACGGUGCCUGUCAUCGCCGUGUCCAGCUUCAUGCUCUUUCUGCCCAUCAUCUUCUACUUGAGCAGCUUCCUUCACUCUGAACAAAAGAAACGCAAGCUCAUACACCCCAAACGGGCGAGGUCAUACAACACUCUGAUGAACAUUCAGGACAAACUGAGCUGAAGAGGAGACGGGUGAAUAAAAUGGAGGACGGCACUCUUUUAUCAGAAGUAACAUCCUGGGAGAAGAUUUGACUCAUUUCCGUCUUGAGAGGUUUGAACGUAGAGGACUCAACAACAGCAUUCCCUUUUUGUUUGUUUGUUUGUUUGUUUUCACAAGAGGCUGUGAUACCCAUCAGUAUUCAGAGGACUUCAAGGAUCUGCAUAAUUAAAGUGAAAGUAAAAUGCUUUGGGCACUUUGAACAUUUGCUUUUAUACCCUUAAAAUAUUCUUCUCAAAGUGAAGUAAAUGCAGAAUUGAAAUUGUAUACCUUUUUAUAUGCGGGCUCUGAGUUUAAAGUGUAUGAAUACCUUUAUACACUCCUAAUUACGUGGUGGUUAAUGUUGCUGCACAGAUCCUCUCCUUUCUUUCAAACAGUCUUCACAUUUUGAAGCACAUCCUGCAGGGAGAGACACAGCUGUCACUAAAAAGAGUGAGGUGUGUGUGUGUGUGUGUGUGUGUGUGUGUGUGUGUGUGUGUGUGUGUGUGUGUGUGUGUGUGUGUGUGUGUGUGUGUGUGUGUGUGUGUGACCAGGAAAUAUGCGCACUAUUUAAGGGUUGAGAAAUGGGGUUUCUGUCUCUAAUGUAUGUCCAGAAGUGGGCAGCAAAAAAGGAAGCACUUGAUGUCCAUUAGUGGUGACAUGUAUCUGCUGUAAGAAGGGGGGGGGGUGCACAUCAGUGGGGUGGGAGUAAAUAAAGACCUAACACACAUAAUGUAAGAGCACUCCAGAGGUCCACACUGUGAUGUUACCUGGUUUCCAGUCACUGUUUUUCUUUUUGGUUGCAUAAAGCUUUUAAUGUGCUUUGUUGUCGUUUCCCACUGAUGUUUAACUUAAUUUGUUAAGAGGUUUCUCACCGCUCAUGACGGUGAACUCUCAUUUAUGUCUCUAUUUAGGAAUCAGUAAAAAAUGCAUUUGCUGUGAAAUAAUGUAAACUUUAAUUUGUAAUGCAUAAGCAUGAAUAAAUACGUUCACGUCAGAGACAACCUGCAAAA